AUGCCUCUCGAACUUGGGCCAACUCUAACCCCGCUUAAGCGGCCGGUAAAACUUCCGGAAAUAUCGGAUAGUCGGUAUGACGGGCCCGAGACGUGCACAAACAUCCUCCCUGAGGGUUACCGAAAAGGCCAUGACAGAGCACCAUUUCGUACCGCGACUAUCUUCGAAAAGGACGUAAAAAUAGCUCUGCGGGAUGGUACCCAAAUCAGGGCAGAUGUUUUCCGUCCGUCCAGCACGGUGGACCCGGUCCCUGCACUAAUUGCUUGGAGUCCAUAUGGCAAAAGCGGGAGAGGACAUUUCCGUCUGGAUAUUGUGCCAGGUCGUGUAGGGGUGCCGCAAAAUAGACUAUCAGGGUUCGAGAAAUUUGAGGCUCCCGACCCGGCGGAGUGGACUGCACGAGGGUACGCAAUCGUGAAUGUGGACCCAAGAGGGGUAUAUGAUUCCGACGGUGAUAUCCGUUGGUUUGGGUCUGCUGAUGGCCGAGAUGGCUACGACGUUGUCGAGCGAAUUGCUGAGAUGCCAUGGUGCAACGGUAGUGUUGCGCUUGUCGGAAACUCAUGGCUUGCCAUGGCACAAUGGUUUAUAGCCGCCGAGUGUCCGCCACACCUGAAGUGCAUUGCACCUUUAGAGGGGGCCAGUGAUGUCUACCGUGAACUGCUAUGCAGAGGUGGUGUUCCUCAGACGGCCUUCUGGAAAUUCCUGGCUGAUGAUUUUAUUGGUCGUAACCAGCAGGAAGACGUAGUAGCCAUGCUCGACCAAUAUCCUCAAAUGAAUGAGUAUUGGGAGGACAAAAGAGCGCAAGUUGGACGAAUUAAAGUACCUGUCUACGCCUUGGCAAGCUAUUCCACAUUCCUCCACACAAUGGGUUCUUUCAGAGGAUUUGAAGAAAUACAGCACGAGAAAAAAUGGCUUCGAGUCCAUCCUACCCAGGAAUGGCAUGACCUAUAUCAACCGAGUACGAAUGAUGAGCUACAACAAUUCUUUGAUAGAUAUACAAAGGGAAUUCAAAAUGGCUGGGAGGAUGUACCAAGAGUCCGAGUUUCCCUUUUACAGUUCAACAAGGAUCCGAUUAUCAAUGUCCCCUUUGAAGACUGGCCGGUACCGUCUACGGAAUAUAAAAGGUUUUUCCUCAGUGACAAUGGCUUAUUAUCGGCAGUCGCACCGCAUCAGGAAGACAGUGUUUCAUACCAGUCUGAUGUUAAAAGCCUCCAAAUGGGCUCUGAUAUCGAGGAACUCUCUUUUAAAUACACAUUCACUCAACCGACUUAUGUCGUAGGAUGUGCCAGAGCAGUGCUUUAUAUGUCCUGCCAAGAUCAUGAUGACAUGGACGUGUUUGUGCAGCUGCGAAAGGCGGACAAAGAGGGCCAUCUUCUGGAGAAUAUUAAUAUCCCGCUUAAAGAUUUACAGGUAGACUCAUGCGACGUCGAGAAGGUCAAUCCCCUUAUAUACCUGGGACCAAGCGGAGUGCUACGUGCUAGCUACCGCGGCAUAGAUUGGAAGCUAUCCAAACCAUACUGGCCUGAGCACUGUUAUGAUCACAGAACCCCGGUGCCGCGUGGUAAAAUUGUGAAGAUGGAUAUUGGAAUUUGGCAGACUGGCAUUGCUUUCGACGUGGGAGAAAAACUUAUUUUGAAGGUGUCAGGUCACAAUAUGACCAUCGCGGAAUUUCCUCAUUUACGGGGUGCGCUCCCCACCUACAAUGUCGGAAGGCAUCAUAUCCAUUUCGGAAGCUCGAACCAGAGCCAUUUGUUACUCCCACUAGUGGAGGUACCACAUGAGGUUAGCAUUAGUCCUGUCUGA